CCCAUUCAAAUAGUAGAGCAACCGCAAUAUCCAGUAGUGCUGCCUUCAAGGACCUGUAAUAGUUGUUCUUCACACCUUGCUAUCAUGAUGGACUCCUCUCCAGUCCUUUGUCAACAAAAUCAAAACAAAAUACACACUGACCUUCGGAGAUUGAAAAAUGAAAAUAACAGAAUGUCAGUGCACCCAAAGCCUUCCAAACUCCUGUCAGCACCACAUCCUUCCAACCAAGAUACUGAGAACAAGGAUCCAGAAAAGUCAGAAGUGAGUAGGAAGGCACCUGUGCGAUCAGGUGGAAGUCGGCUACCGGUCCUCGCAAAGUCCCUUCCUCUUCAGACCCCAUCUGACUUCAGUCAGUCUCACUGUAGGUGGGAGGAAAAACCUCUGGCUGGCAAAGCAAGGAAGAAAAAGCCUUGCACCAGGCCCAUUCCUUUCAACCUGUCGCAGCCCAAGAGUUCAAGAAUGGCUACAGAAAAUCGGCAGCACCUCACUGUUUCACAAACAAGGACUAGCACUCUUGCUGUCCAACCUAAUAACAGUGAACAUGCUGCUCAUCUUAAAACCCAAAACAUUAAUACAAAACCAACAAAAAAUCCAUCCACGUUAAACAGCAAUGUGAACCCGACCAAAGGUUCAGGGAAGUCUAACGGAAAUACACCUCUGCGGUCAGGACUGCCUGGGCAUUCCAGCACUUUUAAGACUUCAGUCACUUUGUCCCGCCCUCUAUCAUCAAUUUCUAAUAACACUAUGCACCAGAACAUCAUUACAACUUCUGCAAAGGCUGCUUUUAAUGCAGAGGCCUUUACGGAUAACAUGAAGCUGCUCAGUCUCAAAGAUUCAACCAAGAUAUCCAAUGCUAGCCAAAACAGGCAGCUGCCUGCUCAGGGCAAUAUUUCCAAAAGUUCUUCUGACAAAGGAGAGAGCUUCCAGUCUGAUCACGCGGCUUUGCUCAGUAUCCUCCGGAAUGAGGGAGUAAGUGCCACAGGUUUUGGAUCUUCAAGUCCUCAGUCCAAACCCUAUAACUAUCUGCCCCAGCGAGUGUCUGUCAUGAAAAGUCGACAAAAAGCGACCACAGGAUCAGUGAAGUCGGUGCAGUUCUCUCCUGACCCGACUGCACUGCAGAGUAUCCUGCAGAACGAGGGAGUGAAGGUUGGAGGGCCUGUGGGUGCCACACCUCUAAAAUCAGUCCGUCCAUCAGGCAGAGGAACUUCAGUCUACACAGCUCAGAGAGUGCCAGCUAGAAAGAAUCGUGCAGAGGCGACCGGAGGACCAGCAGCAGCAGCUCUCAAAGAGAGUCCACUGAAGAAAUGGACUCCACAGAGAGUCCGAAACACCAGACAUCAGCCCAUGUCUGCUAUGAAAUGGCAUCUGUCGACACAACAGUCACCGUACGGCAGCACCCCCGGGCCGCAGAGCUGCAAGACCAACCUUCAGUCACGCCAGGAGGAGAUUGUCCAGAGGUUAUUUGAUGAUCAAGAAGACGAGCAGAGCACAGACGUGGCUGACAAAGAUCCUGAGACGAAAAUGGAGCAGCUCCCAGUAACAACUACUAAAUCCCACUGCGAAGAAAAGAUAGAGACUGGAGCCAACAGCAAUGAGGACGAGGACGAGGAGCAGAGGAUUGGGGGAGGUCAGCCUUUCAUCCAGGCACUGCAAAGAGAGUCUGUGAUUUUUUUCUCAACGGGCAAAAAGCUGUUGAGAGCUCAACGUUUUGAGAGGCAGGAAAACUCACCCCAUCGUGAGCAGGCUGGCCUGGUUUCAUCAGAGCAGAGAAAUGUGCUGCCGGUACAUGAAGAGAUGUCAUCUGUGUCGGAACCAACCUGUCAGAUCGCGCACUCUUCUGUUCAGAGUCUGCACAGAGACCUCUUUGUUCCGAAGAGUGGUGCUCUGAGUUCUGCAGCGGCGAUUCUUCGUAAGCGUCUUCCUCCUCUGGAGGAGCUGCGUAUGGACGAGGAGGUGGCCACCUACACCUCCAUGUCUGUCCAAGCUGCCCCUGGAUUUGUCCCCCCUCGGCCUCGCUGUGGGAACCCGCUGGCCUCCAUCCUGCACUUUGAAGAGUCCUCUAGAUUUGUUCCGAUCGUCUGUGACCUCUCGCCUGGUCCCUCCUCUCCACAGAGCUCUCGGCUGCAGGAGAGAUGACUUGCACUAUACAGUAUUUGUUUUGUGAAUAUCCAGAGUGGAUAAGCUCACUCUGGUGUACUUUUUUAAUGGAACUAAUGUUGGUCGAACACUGUUGUUGCCUCCCUUAAUACAAAUUGUUUUUUGAAGCAAUCAACCCUGGUUGUCUUGUCAAUGUUAUGAUCGCUCUCAGUAGAUGCUUUCUAAUAAUAAAAAAAAAGGUCAUUUCUGUAAAACAUUGUAUAUUUUUACCCUGCAGGCACUGAUUUUGUCCAUGAAUGUUAGAUGCAAGCCCAUUAGAAACAAUCUUUAUGAUGUGAAUCAAGAAAUAAAUGUUGGAGAAAUAUU